GCUGAUUACUUCUUGGUGUAGUGCAGUCGAAGCGCGUAGUCUUGCAGCAUUCUGUGUUUGCGAUCACAUUGUUUGGGUAUAUUUAGUUACCUCUUUUACAGCUAUUUACAAUGGACACGAACCCUUGCAAUAUUGAGGUACUUCUGCAAGCUGCAGAAUUCCUGGAGCGAAGAGAACGAGAAGCAGAGCACGGCUAUGCAUCAGUGUUGCCCAUCUCCAGUCAAGGAGAUUGUGAUAAGAAGAUAAAGCAGAAGAACAAGAAGCUGCUGGCUUCUGGUAGUAACAGAUCUGUCCACAAUGAGCUGGAGAAGCACAGACGGGCUCAGUUGAGGCACAACCUGGAACAGCUAAAGCAGCAGGUCCCUUUAUCAUCUGACUCCAUGAGGAACACCACCCUCAACCUACUAAGACGGGCCCAGUCACAUAUCAAGAAGCUGCAGGAGCAGGAUGAGAGAGCAGAGCAGUUGAAGGGCCGUCUGCGCUGGGAGCAGAAGGAGCUGAGGGUCAGGCUGGAGAACCUACAGGGCCGUGGCGCUCUGGUUGGGCCGGGGGGAAAUGCCAGUGUCUCGGAAAGAAUGAGGAACGACAGCCUGGGGUCAGCAGCCAUGUCCUCCUCCGAGAGGUCAGACUCAGACAGAGAGGACGUGGAGGUGGACGUGGAGAGUAUAGUGUUCGAUUGUCUGGACUGUGAAGGACUGGGGAUGAUGCCCCAUGCAGGCACAGAUCACUGUUACUCCAGCAGCCCUGACCGGACCUGGCUAUGACCCACUACUGCUGGAAAACACACAGCCCUGGAAGGACACACCACUGUCUUACUUCAGCUAGCGCAGCUAUUCCGCCUACACAGCCGAUUCAGGGACGAGCGCCAGGCGACGCCACAUGAAGCAAGACAAUGGGCACACACAGGAGGAAGAACAUUCCAAAAAAAGGACAAAAAAAAAGGACAAAAGAGGAGGAGUAACAACAGCACAACAACAAAUCAGCAACAACACAACAACAUUACUGUGCAGGAACAGGCCUACAAACAUCUGCAACAAAGUCAUCACUUUAUUGUCUAACGUGUUCUCAUUCUGCUCUAAUUAGGAGCUGAAUGUAUUUUUAAAAUGAUAUUUUGCAAAAAAUAUGAGCACAUUUUUGUCAGUCAAACAUCUGACUGAAGAACAGUCUAGCUACCAUAAAAGCAUUUUUUUUUUUUUUUUUUUUACUUCAAAUGAGAUAUUGUCUUACUUCAGAGUAUUCAUGACCUCCAAAGGAAACAGUAUUUCAACACAGAACUAUAGGUGCUCAAUCAAUAGGUGCUCAAUUAAACUGCAGUCACUUGUCAUCGAUUUAUCAUUAACUUGAAAUUGAACCAGGUAGGGUGUGUUUAGUUUGAUUCAGAAGUUGCGUGACGGUUUGUACGGAAAUGGUUCAAAAACCGUACCGUUUCUGGUAAAUUAAGCACUGCACGCCGUUCUGCUCAACUGAACACACCCCAGGAAAAAAAAUUCAACCCUAAUAUAUGGGUUGACUAGGUGCUCAAGAAAACUAGUCAGUGUUCACCAGCAUUAUAAAGACACCAGUUAACAGUCACACAUGGUUGAUUUACUGUUAAUCAGAUGUCUCUCUUCACAUACCACCAGAAAUGUACACAUUUACACAAGUGUAAAUGUCAACAUCAAGUGAAGAAAUACUGCAGAAAGUCCUCUUUAUGUAUUAUGUAGACAUCAGACCAGGCCAGGACAAGCUUUAAAGUAUGGUGUUUGACUUUUGGCACCAAUGGGAUUAUGGCAAGGUAAGUAAGGAUUAAACUAGGGUCGCUAUGGUAUUGUUAAAUACAUGUUCGCUAUUUUGUUAUUUUCAUUGGCUCACUUGCCUCACUUUAAAAAAUUGAUAGAAUCUGUUAAACAGUUGAUUUUGUUUGUCGAAAAGGUGUUUACAGUGGGUUUUCAAAAGGACUUCUUGGUAGUAUGUAAUCACUAUAAUGAAAAAUCCCGCCUUAAAAACUUCUGCCUUUCCCCUCAGCUAAUCAUCUUAACUUCAGGUAUUUUAUAAUGUAUUUCAUGAUGUACAGCAGGCACUUAGUUUCUUAUCUAUUAUUAAUGUAACUGAAAAUCUUUCCUUUUAUUCUUAUUUAAACUUUUUUGUUGUUGCACAAACCCCUCCACACGGCACUUCUAUGUUCUAAAUGGAACCCUCUUCACUGUAUGGGGCCUACCUUUGACCCGGACCGACAACACUCCGGACAACAGUUGUGUCCUAUAAGGUUUAGGAUUCCAUUUAGAAUGCACUCCUUAUAUCUGAAAAGGGUUGUGGGUAAUAUCACUGAAUAGUUAUUUUAGUGAACUGGGGUGAGCAUUUUUUCCAUUAAGCUCAUUGUUUUUCCAUUGUCUACCAAUGUACAGUACUAAAGAUUAUCUUGUUUUAUGAAACUCACCCCUGACUUUAACACAUUAUUGCGGAUCCCUGGACACAAUUUAGGAUUAUUUUAAUUUUGCACUAAAAAUAAUAUUAAUUCAGAUUUCACUUUGAGCUGUCUCGAUAGUCCGAGAGUAGAUUCAGUAUGAUUGCAUGUUACAGGCGUUGCAAUUUUUAAAAGGCACUUUUCUGUUUCUUGUCUGUUAGCUUAAUCAGAAACCACUUUGAACUGAAAGCUGCAGUGCUUGCAUCCUGCACUGUGAUUGAAUCCCUAUUCCUAAAUCUGUCCUAAAUCUGUGGUAAAGUACCCAAUUCAGUUUGCAUAUUUUUUGCUUGGACAUUUGUACCAGACUUUUAAAUUGUGCUCUUGAUUACUUUUCUCAACCAUUUCACUAGAUGCAACAAUUUAACACAGAAAUGGUUAAAUAUAGGAAAUGCAGUAAUCUUCUGUAAACAUUGACAAUGACUAGUAUGAACUUGAAUACCUUCAAACUUGAUUUAAUGCAUUUAAUAUGCAAAUUGAAUAUUGAAUAUGCAUUACUUGAUAGGCUAGACCAUGAUCAUGCAUGCAACAGAAGCCACCGGGUUCUGAAAGUUUUCUAUGUUUGUGCAAAAACAAUUAUUUUAAUAUGCAAUACAGCACUUGCAAUUUACAUGUAUGCAGCUGUAGCCUCGGAUGCACGGCAGGCUUAGUCAAUGUCACGAGAUUUGGAGGCGUGGCGUUACGAAAAUAAUGCAACUAGCUUAAUAAUACCAAUAUUGUAAAGUUACUGUGCAUUUGAUCCUCUGGGCCCAGUUUUUCAAGAUAUAUAGCCAGUUUUCAACAAUUGAAUUGGACACAAUUGAGUAGAAUAGUCCCCAUUGAAGUCAAUGAUUAAUCUUUUAAAUUAUUUGCAGGCAUUUAAUCCUACCCAAUCCAGGUAGAUAGCUGUACACAACUGGGCCCUGAGGUGCAACACAUUCUUCAGGAUGUGAACACCUGUCAAUGAUGCCUUAUGACCUUGUAAUGUCUAUUUACUGUAUAUCUGUAUGCAUUCACCAAUCUUUCUAUCUCCUCCGAGUCAUUAUGUAGCAUGUUUAUACUAGUGUAUGUAUGCCUUUUGUAUGAAUAAAUAUCUUAUGUAUUUAA